AUGACAGCGGCUCCAACCACAACCACAGCUCCUCCAACCACAACAACAGCGGCUACAACCACAACAACAGCGGCUACAACCACAACAACAGCGGCUCCAACCACAACAACAGCUGCUCCAACCACAACAACAGCGGCUCCAACCACAACCACAGCUGCUCCAACCACAAUCACAGCUGCUCCAACCACAACCACAGCUGCUGAAACCACAACAGCUUCUCCAACCACAACAACAGCGGCUCCAACCACAACCACAGCGGCUCCAACCACAACAACAGCGGCUCCAACCACAACCACAGCUGCUCCAACCACAACAACAGCGGCUCCAACCACAACCACAGCGGCUCCAACCACAACCACAGCUGCUCCGACCACAACAACAGCUGCUACAACCACAACAACAGCUGCUCCAACCACAACCACAGCGGCUCCAACCACAACAACAGUUGCUCCAACCACAACCACAGCGGCUCCAACCACAACCACAACUGCUACAACCACAACCACCGCAGCUAGAACCACAACCACAGCUUCUCCAACCACAACAACAGCUGCUCCAACCACAACCACAGCAGCUCCAACCACAACCACAACAGCUCCAACCACAACAACAGCUGCUACAAUCACACCAAACACAACAGCUGCUCCAACCACAACAACAGCGGCUCCAACCACAAAAACAACAGCUCCAACCACAACUACUACUGCUCCAACCACAACAGCUGCUUCAACCACAACCACAACAACAGCUGCUCCAACCACAACAGCUGCUUCAACCACAACAACAGCUGUGCCAACCACAACCGCAGUUGCUCCAACCACAACCACAACAACAGCUGCUACAACCACAACUACCGCUGCUACAACUUCAACCACAGCUACUCCAACCACAAAUGCUACAACCACAACAGCUGCUACAACCACAACCACAGCUGCUCCAACCACAACAACAGCUGCUCCAACAACAACCACAGCUGCUACAACCACAACCACAGCUACUCCAGACACAACCACAGCUGCUCCAACCACAACCACAGUUGCUCCAACCACAACCACAGCUGCUACAACCACAACAACAGCUGCUACAACAACAACCACAGUUGCUCCAACCACAACCACAGCUGCUCCAACCACAACCACAGCGGCUCCAACCACAACAACAGCUGCUCCAACCACAACCACAUCAGCUCCAACCACAACAACAGCUGCGCCAACCACAACCGCAGUUGCAACAACCACAACCACAGCUGCUCCAACCACAACAACAUCUGCUCCAACCACAACCACAGCGGCUCCAACCACAACAACAGCGGCUCCAACCACAACAACAGCUGCUCCAACCACAACCACAACAGCUCCAACCACAACAACAGCUGCUACAACCACAACCACAGUUACUCCAACCACAACCACCGCAGCUACAACCACAACCACAGCUUCUCCAACCACAAACACAGUUACUCCAACCACAACCACAGCUGCUCCAACCACAACAACAGCUGCUCCAACCCCAACCACAGCUGCUACAACCACAACCACAGCUGCUACAACCACAACCACAGCUGCUACUUCCACAACCACAGCUGCUCCAACCACAACAACAGCGGCUCCAACCACAACAACAGCUGCUCCAACCACAGCUACUCCAACCACAACUACUACUGCUCCAACCACAACAGCUGCUUCAACCACAACAACAACUGCUCCAACCACAACCGCAGUUGCUCCAACCACAACCUCAGCUGUUACAACCACAACAACAGCUGCUACAACUACAACCACAGCUACUCCAACCACAACAACAGCUGCUACAACCACAACAGCUGCUACAACCACAACCACAGCUGCUACAACCACAACAACAGCUGCUCCAACAACAACCACCGCUGCUACAACCACAACCACAGCUACUCCAACCACAACAACAGCUGCUCCAACCACAACCACAGCUGCUACAACCAGAACAACAGCUGCUACAACCACAACCACAGCUGCUCCAACCACAACAACAGCUGCUCCAACAACAACCACAGUUGCUCCAACCACAACCACAGCUGCUACAACCACA